GAAAGAAAAAACACAUAAAGAAUCUUAGAGCAGGAAUUUCUCAUUCUGGACAACUCCCUUUUCUCUCUCUUAUUUUUUCUUGCCCUUUUACCUUUCAUGGUGAUUUUUUUCUUUUUUUCCUCCUUCCCCAGAAUGAUUUGGUAGCAAAGGCAGGGAUGUGAGUGAUAGUGGGAAACUCCGAGGAAGAAGUAGAGAGAGAACUCUUUCUCCUCCAUUCUCUCACCUCCAUGGAUGGUGUCCCCCAAUCUCUCUACUACCCCCUUGUUGAAAUAAUCAAAAACCUUCAAAAUAACCCUACCAAGAGAGCUAACACAUUUUCCAUUUUUAUUUUUAUUUUUUACUAUAGCAUUAUUAUAUAUGCGACUAAUAUUAUUAUAUAAUCACUUCACAUUUUCCUAAAAUUUGGAGCUUCCUAUGUGCUGUGGAGCAUUCAAGGGAAAAAAACAUCUCUCUUGAGUUCUUUAACUGAAGCAAACAACCACCUAUGCCCCUUCCAUUAUUGCUUCUACUUCAAAGAUGCUUCCAAUCACCUGCAUUCUCUUCCUCUGCCUCUUAACCUCUCUCUCCCCUCUCAUUAGAGCCACUCUCAAUCUCACCCUCCCCCAUCAACACCCCAACCCUGAAGCUGUUGUUCAAGAACUCCAAAGGAGUCUCAAUGUCUCUAUAUCCAGACGACAAAUGCUGGCCAACAAUGGCGAAUCAAAGGGCAAGACAUGCCUCACCGGAAACCCCAUCGACGACUGCUGGAAAUGCGACCCAAACUGGGCCAACAACCGGCAACGCCUCGCCGACUGCGCCAUAGGGUUCGGAAAGGGCGCGCUCGGCGGCAAGGGUGGCCGGAUCUACGUCGUCACCGACUCCUCCGACCGCGACGUGGCGAACCCAACUCCGGGGACCCUCCGGCACGCCGUGAUCCAGACGGAGCCCCUCUGGAUCGUCUUCUCCACCAACAUGCUCAUCAAGCUCAAGCACGAGCUCCUCGUCAACUCCUUCAAGACCAUCGACGGCCGCGGCGCUAACGUGCACAUCACCGGUGGGUGCAUUAUGCUCCAGUACAUCAGCAACAUCAUCAUCCACAGCAUCAACGUCCACCACUGUGUCCCCUCCGGGAACACUAACGUACGGUCGAGUCCAACUCACGUAGGAUGGAGAUCAAAAUCGGACGGUGAUGGCAUAUCCAUCUUCGGAUCAAGAAGCAUAUGGAUCGAUCACUGUUCCUUGAGUUACUGUACCGACGGUCUGAUUGAUGCUAUAAUGGGGUCCACUGCGAUUACUAUAUCGAACAACUAUUUUUCGCAUCACGAUGAAGUGAUGCUAUUGGGUCAUGAUGAUAAGUAUCUGCCGGAUACGGGUAUGCAGGUGACCAUAGCGUUUAACCGCUUCGGUGAGGCGCUGGUGCAGCGUAUGCCUCGGUGUAGACGCGGGUACAUACACGUGGCGAACAAUGAUUUCACUGAGUGGAAGAUGUAUGCCAUCGGCGGUAGCGCUAAUCCCACCAUCAACAGUCAGGGCAAUCGCUACAUUGCGCCGUCGGACCCGGAUGCUAAGGAAGUGACAAAGCGCGUGGACACAAACGAAGGUGACUGGUCAGAUUGGAACUGGAGGACAGAGGGGGACGUAAUGGUAAAUGGAGCAUUCUUCGUCGCCUCCGGGCCUGGCCUCAGCACCCAGUACGCCAAGGCCUCCAGCCUCGAGCCCAAGUCCGCUAACCUCGUCGACCAACUCACCAUGAACGCCGGUGUCAUUGGUGGGCCCAGGGAAGGUAGUGUGAGCAUGUCAUAUCCGGGAUUCGGUGGUGGCGGGACCAGCACCGCGGACACCGGUGGUGGAGGGUCCAGUGGCGGUGAUGACUACUUUGGAAUGAUAUUCGGGAGCGGCGCAGCACCACCACCCUCAUCUACAACUAUCUUUUUAUCUCUUCUACCAAUUUUUAUUUUGUACAUUACCACCGAAACUCUACUAUCAUUACAACCAUUGUUAUCAUUAUUAUUAUAGUAACUGGGGGAAGAAAAGGAAUAUGAUAUUUAGAAGGAAAAAAAUUGUGGCACUCGGGAUAUUACUUACCUUGGUAUAUAACUAAAUAUUAUAAAGUGUUGACGAGGGUGCUUUCACCAAAUUUUCACCCUCUCUAACUAACACGAAACAAUUUCUACGCGUACGAAGGUAUGGAUGUCUAUUUUCGAUCUUUUUUUUGAUCUAAUAAUUAUAAAAGUAUCGUACAUUAGCCCCUUUUAACAGUA